AUGAACAAUCAAAUUCCUAUUAAUCAUCCAGAUGAACCGCUCCGGAUUCUUUUGGUUGGAAUGACAGGGGCAGGAAGAAGUGCAACAGGAAACACUAUCUUGGGGGAAAAAGUAUUUAAAUCAGAGUUAUCCUCCUCCUCUGUGACUAAGCAAUGUGAAAAAAAUAAUGCAACGGUAAAUGGAAGAAAUGUAUUAGUUAUUGACACUCCGGGUCUGUUUGAUACCAGCCUAACUAAAGAUGAGGUGAUCAACAGAAUUAAACUCUGUAUCCCUCUCUCUGCUCCUGGUCCACAUGUCUUCUUAGUUGUGGUUCAGCUGGGCAGAUUCACUGAUGAAGAGGCAGAAGCUGUUAGGAUCAUUCAAGCUGUUUUUGGUGAGGAAUCCUCCACAUACACCAUGGCACUGUUCACUCAUGGAGAUCGAUUAAAGGGCAGAAACAUUCACAAAUUUGUGCGUAACAGUCCAAAACUGCUCAGUUUCAUCAAAACAUGUGGUGGAAGAUUCCAUGUGUUUAAUAAUGAAGAAAAUAAUCCAGAACAGGUCAAUCAGUUGUUUGAACAGAUUGACAAAAUAGUCACUGGGAAUGGUGGUCAACAUUACACUAAUGAGAUGCUUGACAGAGAGAAAGAAUUUGAGGCAGAAAAAGGUCAUAUCCUGAAAGAGAAUGAGGAGCAGAGACAGAAGAAAACAGAAACUCUGAGGGUUACAUCUGAAGGUGAAGCUUUUGAAAAAGCAAAAGAAAAACUGGACAGUGAAUAUGAACAGCAGGCACGAUGGCAAGCUGAGAAAAAUGUUCGUAUGCAAAAUGGUGGGUUCUCUUUUCUUAAUAAUGUAAUAACUUUUUUUCAAAAGAAACUUAAAUCUUGA